UCAAACCUAUGGUGUAAAUGUAUUGUGUAAACCGUGCAUUGGAACGUUCUUAAAAGCGAGCGACACUUCGAUUUUCUGGGAAGGUUACGAUGUAAAAUUGUCUAAACUAAAAUGUGCCCUAUUUAUGAAUGAUGUUUAAUACAUUUUAUGACUCGUUUACUUGAUAAAAUAUAUUAGGCAACUGUGAGUACAGUGUAAUCCCGGCACCUUCGCGAUGUCGGAUUAUAAUGAGCAUUAUCAUCGUUGUGAGACACUUGCUGAAUUUAAUUUCUACUUCGGUGAUGAUAAUGAGGAAGAAAUAGACGAUGACGACAAUUACAUCUACUGCUUCUGUAGUAGAGUUUUCAUAAGGGAUGGAGUAAAAACAUAUUACAUUGAUAAAGAAUAUGUCAGUGAGAGUGAUGUAGAAGUACUUCGUGACUCUCAAUCUCAGGACUGUGAGGAUCACUCUCAUGUACACUUUUCUUUGGACACUUCUUAUAAGGUUAAGUGUGAGAGAGAUGAAGGUGCUAGCUGCUACUGCAGUGCAUCACACACAGACAACUGCUGUUCCACUGAUGAGCAUGAUGCUGUCCACACCCACGGUACCAUAUCCCAUGCCUUACAACCCAGUGAUAGCGGUGCUGAUCUCACAUACCAAGACUACCACUCCGAAACACAUGACAAAUUGGAACGCAUGGACCAAGACCUUGGAGAAAUCAAUGAAAACUACAUGUCAGAAGACACUUGGGAAAAAUUCUGGGCUGUUAAUGGAGAAAGAAUCAUAUGGGCCUCCUGGAUUAAAAGAUACAGUGAUUACAUAAACCCAUCCUAUCUAGAUGAAAACAAUGAUCUAUUAAUGGAUGAAAACAAUAUACCCAAACAGCAUUCCGUAGAUCAAAUUUAUAAAAAGCAGCUAGAUGUAAGCCAGAAACCAGUUAUAGAGGAUAUGAGAGAAAGGAAAUUCUCAUAUGACUCCAAAGUUAACCCUUACAAGAAAACCAAUGCCAAUCAAAAUCACAUAGAGAAAGGUGGUAGGAACAAUGAACAUAACAAAGAGGAUGUAUGGUUACCCAUCGCUAGGCGUCGGUCUUGUUCCGAACAUGAUAGAAUACUAAGUCCAAGAACCGUAGCUGGUACGGACUCAAUGACAAAUGUUACAAAACUCACCCUCUCCAGUUACGACGUCACGUCAAGUCACGUGACAUCAGAAUCGACCCCCACUGACACUGAUUACAGUGUGUCGUCAUCAUCCUCUGACGACCCGUCAAAUGACCAGACGAGGAUAGCUAAUAUAGAUGAUAAGUAUGAUAAUAGCCUAAAUGAACCUAUCCCAUCAGAAGUCGACUCAGAACAAUACUGGCAGUUCUUGUGGAAAAAGCAUUUUGGGCAACAAUAUGCCUUACAUUUUGCCAACUACACUGAACAUCACAACAUCUCUGAUAAGAAACUGCCAGAAAUAACUAUAGAACCAGUAAUAGGACCUAAAAAACCUGAUGAAAAUAAAAUGACCUUAGAAAUUGAAUGUGAAAAUAGUGAAGGCAAUUCACAAGAAACACCAACUGUCAUCGAAAUACAGAAUCAAGUAGAUCAAAUAACAUUAGAAGAUAAAACUAAAUCUAGGAGAAGAAAUAAGAAAAAAACAAGUGAAAAAUAUAUAACAUCUGUUGGAGUGCUUUUACAGAAUUUGUUAAGGGAAGAACAUGCUAAAACCAUGUUUGAGCCAACAGACACAGGAGAUAGUGGGAACAAAUCUGGUUCUACUGAAAAACCAGCUGUAGAUGCAAUGGAUGUUACAGUAAACACCUCAAAUGUACAGCAAAAUAUGCAUAGAAGUCAUUUGAAUUCAUACUGUGAUGAUGGUGAUAAUGAUCCGCCUGAGGAGAUUGCUGUUACUAUGAAAAGAAGCCACGAACUCGACGAAGACGAAGAUUUAUCCUACACUAAGAUAAAAAAUACAUUCCAAAUGAUGGGAUUCUGUGUUCACCCUGAGAAGCUGCCGAAAGGCGAGUUGAUCUACAGGAAGCGUUCGGCGAAACUUCGCCCGCCGAGGUACAAGAGAUUCGCGUCCGGACGAAAGACUUAUUUCGACGAAGAUGGAAAUCCUUAUACUAUGGAUCAGACAAAAGAUUCUCAAGAAGACAAAGACAUGCAGACAGAUGAAGAUUGUACUGAAGUCAAAUCGGAUACUGAGAAGGCGGAUAUACCCAUAGACAAUACUAGAACAAGUUUGUCAAAGGAGGCGAGUUUGGACGAGGAUAGUAGCAAGCUCGCUGAGGCCGCGGCUGUACCGCUCCCGUGUGAUGCAGAAGAUUCUAAUGAUGAUGAGAAAAAACUUGAUGAGUCAGCGGAGAAUAGUGUUACACAACAAGUGGAGUCGACACGGCGUAGGAAAAGGCCCAAAAGAUAUUCUAGAUUUGAAGAGGAUUUCGAUGUUUCGAGCAUGCCCGCCGAGCUGAGAGACGACCCUAAGAUGUAUAAGUACUGGAAAAAGAGGCACUCCCUCUUUCACAGAUUCGAUGAAGGUAUAAAGUUGGACCGCGAGAGUUGGUUCAGCGUGACUCCCGAGAACGUGGCGUGGCACAUCGCCAACAAGUACGUGUACGACGUCGUGUUGGACGCCUUCUGCGGCGCGGGCGGUAACACUAUACAGUUCGCGCAAACCUGCAAGAAAGUGAUAGCAAUAGACAUAGAUCCAAAAAAAAUCGAGAUGGCGAAGCACAACGCUGCGGUGUACGGAGUGGCCGAUAGGAUAGAGUUCUUGGUGGGAGACUUCUUCGAACUGGCGCCGCAGCUGAAGGCCGAUAUGGUGUUCCUGAGCCCGCCUUGGGGAGGGCCGGGGUAUUCCGAUAAUCACGAGUAUGAUUUGGAGACGAUGUUGGAACCGCGGCCAGCGUCUGAACUGAUGAGAGUGGCUCGAUCCAUAACACCUACCAUAUCACUUUACCUACCUAGGAACUCCAGGCCGGACCAGAUAUUAACGCUCGCAAGAGACGUCGGUGGUUCCGUGGAAGUGGAACAGAGUUUCCUCGACAGGAGAUUCGUAGCUAUAACGGCAUACUUUUACUAAUCAAUUCAAUCAAAUGUGACAAAUAAUUACAAUAGCUGUGACUAUUUUAAGAAAGUAUUAUAAAGGUUGGCACAGAUUAAUAAACAGACGGAGUGAUUAUAAGAUUAGAAUGAAUGACUCUAUAACUUUAUAGUAAAGUUUUUUUGAUGUUUAUGAAUGGGAUGACAGUGCGUCACGGCUUAGUAAAAUAUUGUUAUUUUUAUCAUCAACCCUGUGGUUUAUAAGUCACGUGUUAUUAAGAAAAUUAAAGCUAUAGUAUAUUAUAAAGGAAUGUCUGUAAAGUUCAUAGUUUGAAAACAAAUGCGUGAACUUACACUCCAUUUGUUUAAUUGUCUUUGUCACGUAUAGCAGUACUAAUCAGUGAAUUAUAAUGUUAUAUAAAUAUCAGUGUGACAAAGGCCGAAUAUAGAAAAUGUAAUGUCUGUGCAUUAGUGUAUAUUCUAUUGCGAUAUUUUAAGUAAUACUUGUAUCGUUUAAAGCGUAAGCUUGCUCACGAAAAUGCUUUGUUUAUUAGUUAAGUUAUCCUGCUGAUUCAAACUGGUAGUUACAUCUUACACCGUUACAUUUUGAUCGUCUAAAUCCCGUGAGGAGUAGUUCCAGCCCAUGAACCUCGAUUUGUAGGUAUAUUGAUUCUACAUUUCUAAAUACGCCAUAAAUUAUGACGGUCCUAAGCCCGUAUAAGUAUGAAGGCAAAUAUGGAAUCAAUUACCGUAGUAAAUCGAGUGGUUAUAGGCAGCAAGAAACGCGGUGUUUGUAGGCACAACGUAGGUAAACACUAACAAUUAGGUAUGCCCAGUAGUGGGUUAUUCAAUGUUGAUGAUGAUGCAAACAUUACAAUAUUUUUUUUUUUGCGAAACUUUGAUGAGGAAUUCUUUCAUGAAACGUAUUUGAUAAGGUUAAGCUAUUGAUCAAAAGGAUUAGAGCGGCUGAAAUAUAACGGUGUAUAUAUCGACGUAACGUAAUACACACAAUUUGAAAAACAUGUUCUUAAAAAAAAUAUUCUUUACUUAUUAUAGUUAUUGCGUAUGAUUCUAAAAAUCGUAUUGUCACUGCCGAAUGUGGGGAAACUGAUCUAGAGGUAGGUCUGGUUUGACUAUUUAAAAGGUCAAUAUUUUUAAUGUAUAUCAAUUAAUACAAAGUGUUUAUCUUGGCAUGUCAUGUGCUAUUAAUAUAAGCAAUCUUUAGGUUACGUGAAAAUGUUAUUUAUGCAAUAAAGUUAUACAGUAUAGUGACAGAAAUACAAAUAUAUCUUUAAAUAAAAAUAAAUAUUGUAACGUAAACAAGAUUUGGGCAUUUAUAAUAAGUUAAUAUUUUUCCUAUAACUUUCGUUUUGGUGAGCCACCUCGUUCAUGAAAAUGUUCAUAUGUACAAUGUUUAUUUUAAACUAAAUAUAUACUAGGUUUUGUAUAUUUACUUUUUUUACACAGCAUAGCAACAAACUGAAAAGAAAUAACUUUACACUCCUUUCUUAAACUAUUUAUCUAUUACCUACACAAUUCAUUAUGCUAUAAUCAUAGUGAAAGCAAUAUAACCAAUGUUUCAUGUCAAUAAUAAUAUAUCAGUGAAAAUCCUUGUUUCUGUGAAAUAAUUAUAUAUUUUUUGGUAGGACAAUUUACAUAGCGAAAUAGAUAGCUCAUAACAGCUUACCAUUGUAACCAAUUAGAGAAUUAGUACCUAUAGAUCAUUAUUUUCAAACCUAUAUGAUAACAAACCGUUUAUUGAAAGUGUAUGUAGGAAAUGCUUUUGAUAACUAUCAACUACAAAAAUUCAAUGUUAUAUUACUGGUAGACGUACCACACCAAAUAGUUUUUCAAAUGGGAUUUUUUUAAACCUAUUAGCUUGAGAAGUAAGUAGAUUUGUCUUUUAAUAAAAUGUAUGUGUCUUACAGUGUUUCAAUGAUAAUUACAUACCUAGUUUUAGCAUAUAAAUCAAUAACGGGAUGAUAAUAUGAGCAAACAUGCUCAUAUUGUCAUGUUUAACCUGUUUUGUUAUGCUGAGAGAUAAUCUGAGUAACAAAGAACCAUCAAUAUUUAUUUAUGCUAUUGGAGUAAUACACCAUGUUUUAUCUUUUUAUCUGGAGUUGUUAUUUUUAUUACCUUUUACAUUAUUUGAAUUUAUAUGUUAAUUAGGUACUAAUAAGUUGAAGCACUACAUAGAUCUCAAAAGAUUAUAAUUAUCUAUACUUCUAUAAUAAUUAUAAAUUACAAUCAUAUUAAUUGUUCAAUAUGUAUACAAAUUGCAUUUUGGCACAAAUAAUAAAACUUCUAGUACAUUGUGUGAUUGGAUAAAUGUUGUGAUCUCUGUAAAUAUUUGUUAAAUAAUAAAGAGGUAAUGAUAACCAA